AUGCACGCCGGCGAAGCCACUGCGGGGAGCCCGACACCUGGCGGACAACGCUCGGCCGUGGCCUCUCCUGAGCGCGGCCGGGGCGGCGCGGACAGGCAGCUGCAGGGCAGCUGCGACGUGAUGCUGCCCGACGUGGCGUGUGUGAUGGCGCCGUCUGGGCAGCUGUAUUUCAACGACGCAGCGUGGCUGGGCAGCGAGGGGGCGCGGCUGGUGCACGAGGGGCUGAGCCACGCCGCGGCUGAGGCGCUGGGCGUGCGCAGCAUGAGGCAUAUGCACGAGACCAGCCGCCACCAGGCCGCCGCCGACCUGCCAUGCCCCUCCGCCGACGCCGCCCUCGCCGCCGCCGCCGAGACGCACGCCGCGCGCUGCCCUGACCCUUCGUCCAGCAACGGCGGCCAGCACGAUGACGCCGCUGCCGUCAUCGGUAGCGGCGGUGCGGGUGCCGUGUACGCGUUCUUGUGUGAUCUGUCCGAGCUCGCUGACGUGGCGGGGGCGUCGCGGCUAGAGGUGGUGCUGGACGCGCGCCAGCUAGCGGGGCGGGCGCUGCUGCAUCCGGCGCUCGGGCGGUACCAAGGCACGCGGGCGCGGGCGGGCCGUUGGUGGCGGCUGGCGUUGUCUCUCAGCCCCGCACUGUGCGCGGUGCUGGACGGCGCAGUGCUCACCCCCAAAGAGCUCUCCGCCCUCGUGGGUGCCACCGCAAGCGCGGGCCCAGCCGGGGCUGCGGUCCCUGGCAAUGCUGCGGGCGGUUACCUGCUGCGGGGCGGGCGCGGCGUUGGGCAGGGGUUGGCCGCGGCGUUUGGCGUCAGCGACGUCUGCCAGGCGCUGGCGGGGGACGCGUGCUGCUUCUUCGACCCCUCUGGCCGUGUCCUUGCCCAGAGCGCCGCCGAGCUCCGCCGCCCGCAGCCGCGCGGCCGCCGCUACGCCCACCGAGACGGCGGCGACGCCGGCGACGCCGCGGCCUCCCUGCUCGCGCGCUUCCCGUCCCAGUUUGCCGCACCCUGGGCGUUCGCGGCCGGCCACGACCCCGGCGCCACGGUCGAGGCGACACUGCUGCGCCUGCCCCUGCGGACGCCGGAGUCGAUUGCCCCUGCCGCAGGCGGCCCUGGCGUCGGUGGCGGCGGCGGGGGCGCAGCGGCGGGCGCAGCGGCGGGCGCAGGCCGGCUGCGAGAGCUCGGCGUCUCAGAGGCUGACGCGCGGCGCGCGCUCGCCGCGUUUGCGUCCCAAGCGGCGCGCGGGCUGCUGCUCGCUCGCGGCCCGCGCGCCGUGUCCGUGUCUGUGUGGGAGCGGGGCGAGGCGGCGGCGCGGGCCGUGUUCUCAUGCCGCUCGGCCUUGGCGCAGGAGCUGCAGCAGCCGGGGAGCGGCGGCGGCCCAGGUGGUGGCGGCGGCGGCGACCCCGCUGUCUUCCCUGGCGCGCUCGUCCACGCCAUCGCCACGCGCCCCAAGAGCAGCGGCGGCCUCGGCCCCUUUGCCUUCCUGAAGCACGCCAAGCUGCACAACCAGGUGCACAAGCACGUUGUCGCCAUCGACGUCGAUGAGACCGCCGACACGGCCGCCCUGGCCGCGCUGGCCGACGGGCGGCCGCUUGGCGUCGAGGGUGGCGCGGCAGCCGGGGACUCGGCGGCGACCGGGGACGGCGCGGCGCCGCCGACCUUAGGGCAGGAGUGUGGCGGCAGCGGGGAGGCCGACGGCGAGCAGGGCGACAGUGAGAAGCGGUCUGAUGGCAGACAGGGGGGCGGUGUGGCCAGGAGCCGCGAGAGCUGGAUGGUCAGCUGCUGCGUGGAGGAGCUCAGCGGCCUGGGCGGCCUCGCGCGCCAGCUGGCGGGCGCCACCGCGCCUGGCCCCGGCGGCGAGAGCUUCGGGCCGCUGGCGUGCGUCGCGGCCCGCGUUGCGACUAGCGGGCGGCGCGGCGUGACAGCGGCGGGCGGCCUGCUGGCCAUGGCGCUGCCGCUCCCGCCCGUUCAGCCGGCGUGGGGCGGCGCCACUGACACGCGCACGCACGUUCCCGGCGGCAAUUUGCUGGGGGCGCAGGGCUUUGUGGUGGGUGGGGAUUUCCAGCUUGAAGCGCGUCGCUUCGCCGCUGCCCCUGGGGGCCGCUUGGGACAACUGCCGCUCGGCGGCGCCAGCCGCCGCGCCGCGCCGCUGCUGCCGCCCGGGCCCCGCGGCGGCGCGCCCGACGGCGGCGGGGCCGCCUCGUCCGCGGCCGCAGCCCCGCCGCCGGACCCCCGACAGGAGGCGUUUUUCGCGGGCGUCGUCACUGCCUGGGAGCACCUGCUCGCGACAGCCUGCGGCCGUGAGGGCGGGCCCGCGCCGCUGCCAGGGCUGCACCUGCUGCUGCCAGACCUUAUUGGGGCGCGGACUGCUGGGGAUGACGACGCGGCGCGGGUAUUUGUGCAGAUGUACCAGCUGGCCGCCGACCUGCAGGCCUGGCCCCUCCACAACGGUCGCCUGGUGCACGUGCGCGAGGGCACCUUCCUCCAGCCGCCCAGCGCCCUGCUCCCGCCCCAAACCCCUCCGGAAGCCGCGGCGCGGCGGCCGCCGCCUGUGGCGCAGCCAGGCGCCCUGGCCAACGGCUCCCCCAUGUCGGCCAUCGCCGCGGCGGUCGGCUCCGCUCUCAACUUUGCGCUGCCCAGCGAGCAGCAGGGCGCGCCACACGACCGCCUGCAGCAGCAGCAGCUGCUGCAGCCGCCGGCAGCCGACCUGGGGCCCAGCGGCCGCGCGUUUGUCGAGCGCCACCUGCCGCUGCUGGCGGUCCCGUGGCGGGUGAAGCUGCAGCUGGACGCGGCCGGCGUCGCCGGGCUGAGGGUCGCGACGCCCGUGGCGCUGCGGCCGCUGCUGCGGCGCCUGGGGCAGCAGCGGGGCGCAGCGGGCUCGGGGCAGGGGGUGGCGUUCUCGCGGAUGGGGGUGGAAGCUGCCGUGGAGCUGCUCGAGUUCUGCUGUGGGGACCUGGUGGUGGCGCCUGAGCCGGGCAGCGAUGGAGCCGGCCACAACGGACCCAACGCCGGCCAGACGCCGUCGCAGCCGCCGCGCCGCCACCCCGGCCGCGUGCGCGAGCUGCUGGGCCUGCCCAUCCCCACCUCCGCCGGCACCAUCGUCCUCCCGCGCGACGCGCGGGCCGCCGCCACGGACGCGCCCGCCGCCGCCGCGCGCUGGGACGCUGGCGCGGCCGGCGGGCCGCGGCCAGAGUGGCUGCGGGACGCGUGGCGGCUGGUGCGGCACGCGUCGGACUCAGCGGCGGAGUGGGGGGCGCCGGACGGCGCAUCAGGGCUGUCUGCGCUGGGGCCGCUGCUGCUGGUGCCGCUGGCGGACGGGCGGCUGAUGCGGGCGUCGCUGUUGGAGGCGGCCCUGGUGGCGGAUGGGGGCCUGGAUGACGUGGAACUAGGGGGUGACGGCGAGGACGGGGCCUGUGACGGCACAUCGCCCGUGGCACAGGGGCGGCGCGGCGCGGAUGAGGAGGGGGCCGCUGGGCGUGACGAGGGGAAUGGCGCGGGCGGCGCAGGGCCGAGCGUCAGUGACCCCUGGGCCGCGCUGCCGGCCCCCUGGAACUGGCUGGUGCCAAUGCUGCAGCGCGCCGGCCAGCCGAUCCUGGACCCCGCAUUCCAUGCCGUGCUGGCGCCCCUCACUGGCCCGCGGCCGCGCAUCGGGCGGCCGCCUUUCCUGGGGCCCCUGGUCCGCAAGAUGGCGGCAGUGUGCAGCGCCGGCAUGCUGGACCCUGCGGCAUGGAGCGUGCAGGACCGCGGCCGCCUGUUCCAGCUGCUGUCGGACCACCCGCCGCGCGACCUGGCAGCCCCGGAGGUCGACCUGCUGCGCUCCCUGCCCCUCUACGCCCGCCUGCCACCCCCCGCCGCGGCGUUCAACGCCGACGGUCCAUCAACCUCAGCGGAAGGCGGAGAGGCGGCCAGCGGCGGCGGCAGUGGGGCCGUGGCGGAGCGGGAGGAGCUCGUGGCGCUGGGGGACCGCACCGACUGGCUGCUGGUACCUGCACGCUGCCUGGACCAGCUGGGAGGUGCCGCGUCGCUGCUGCCCCCGGAGGCCUACCCGCGCCUGCUGCGCGCCUCCCCCACCAGCGGGGAGCUCUACCACAUCCUAGGCCUGGAGCCCGCCUCGGCCGCACAGCUGGCCGCGCGGCUACUGCUCCCGCGCCUGGGCGCGCUGCCGGCAGCGGCGGCGGCAUCGCUGUUGACGUUUGUGGUCGGGGAGUGGGGCAGCAUGAAGUCUCGUGACCCCGAGCACCAUGCUGAGGUGGCGGCCCUCCUGGCGGCCACCCCCUUUGUCACCGCCCGCGACGGCACGCGGCGGCGGCCCUCAGAGCUCUACGAUCCGCAGCAGCAGCUCUUCGGUGACGUCAUGCUGCCCCUCCUGGGCCUCCAGCAGCAGCAGCAGCAGCAGCAGCAGCAGGACAGCGCCGCGGAGUCCGUCAGCGCCGCAGCGGCGGCGGCGCUGUUCCCCGGGGCCCCAUUUGACUCGGCCGCCUGGCUGCCCGUGCUCCGUGAGUGCGGCCUCGUCCACAAGGUGGAUCUGGACUCUUUCCUGCGGCUGGCAGGUCAGUUCUCACAGGUGGCCGCCGCCAUCGCGGCCGCGGCGGUUGAAACGACGGACAGCCCGCCGACUCCCGAAGAGCGGGAGCGGCGGCGGCCGCUCGUUGCGUCGUCGACGGCGCCGCCUGCAGGUGGUGGGGCCAGCGCAGCGGCGGCGUUUGUUGACCUUUCGGCGCUGCCGGCGGCGCAGGAGCAGCGUCUGGUGGCCUGCGGCGGCGCGCUGCAGCGGCACCUGGCCGCGCACCACCACGCACUGCUGGGGCCGGGGUCGGCGCCGCAGCAGAGGGCUGAGCUGGCGCGGCUGCCUUUCGUGCCCGCGAUGUUUGGACUGCCAGGCCACCCCUCCACGCGCCGCGUGCUGGCCUGCCACGCGCAGGCCGGGCUGGCCGCGGACUGGGCGCUCUGCUGGGCCGCACUGCCCCUGCUGGACGCAGCGCGCCCGCUGCCGACGCCCGCCGCGUCCGCCCUCGGCCUGCGGUCGCCGCCGCCGCUGAGCGCCGUCGUGCGCCACAUGCAGGCGGUCGAGGCCGCCUGCCGCACCGAGGGGCUGCUAACGUCCUGGCCGUCGCAGGGCCUGGCCUCCCCCGAGGAAGCUGCCGGGCAGCUGCUCGACCACCUCGACCGCCAGGGCCUCGGCCGCGACCAGGCCGCCGCCGCCGCCGCCGCGGCCUUCGUCCCCGUCGCGUGCGCGACGUGCCUGGUGGCCCCCGGCCGCGCGUUCCUGCGGCUGCCGCUGCGCGGCGGGGGCGGCGCGGUGGGCGGCGGCGCGGGGCUGGCGCCGUAUGCGUACGAGCUGCCGGCGGCGCUGGCGGGAGGGGGCCGGUUGGCGCUGCUCAAGUCCAUCGGUUUGAAGGACGAGCCCAGCGCGCGCGACUUGGUGGAGUCCAUGUCGGCGUUUGCCCAGCACCUGGCCGGCCGCCGCCUCAACCCCAACGAGCUGGCCGCCACGUGCCGCGUCCUGGCCGUCCUGGCCACCUGCUCAGACCCCUCAGACGUCGCAUACCUCCGCGCCGCACGCCGCGCCUCCGCCGCCGACGGCGCCGGCGACGCGCGCCCGCUGCUGGCGCCGAGCGCCGCGGGCGCGCUGAUGCCCGCGCGCUCCCUGGUGGCGGUCGACGGCGGCCUCGGCGCGCGGCUGCUCGGCCGCGUCGACGCGCGCGCGGUCGCGCUUGCGCACCCGUCGCUGCCGCGACACGUGUCGCGGUGGCUGGGGGUGCCCCAGAUCACCAACGCGGUCCAGGAGUCCUUGGUGGAGGAGGACGGCCCCGCGCAGCCGCUGGACGAGAUUGACGGCUUCAGCGCCGCCGCGCUGCGCGAGCUGCUGGCCAGCCCCGAGUUUGCGGCCGCGGCCUACAGCCUGAUCGCGGGCGCGGCGGGCGCGAGCGCCGGCGCCGGCGCCGGCGGGGGGGAGCUGCGGGAGGUCGCGCGCGCGGGGCCGCGGGGCGUCGCCGCCGCGCUGCGGAGCGCGGGGCAGCGGCUGGCGCUUGUGAGGGAGCUGCGCACACGGCUGACGCUGCGGCCGCUUGGCGGCGACGGAGACGGCGGCGUCGGCGGCGUCGGCACGGACGUGACGCUGCCCGGGCGCGAGCGCGUGUACGAGUUUGCGCAGCAUGGGCCGGGCGGCGCCCUGCUCGUCGCGCAGCCGCCGCCCGGCCUGCCGCUCUCACAGCUGCUGGCCGGCGCGCUCAGCCGCGAGCUGGGCAGCCCGGUCGCGCUGCCGCUCGCGCCGCUGAUAGAGGCCGGCGCGGGGCCCGGCGGCGGGGGGCCCGCGGCGCUGCCGGCCCUGGUGCCGCUGCUGCUGCCCGCGGGGCACGACGCAGGGUACGAGGCCGCGGCCGCCGCGGGCGUGCCAGGGGCGCCCCUGGUCGAGGGCGACGCGCGCCUGCUGGCGCUGCAGCCCCUGCGGCGCUACGCGGCCGGCGAGCUC